AAAAAGGAGCAUUAACAACUCCACGCAGUUCCCUAUCGGUCUGACAGCGAGAAAGCAGCAGACAGUACAGCAGCUGGUCAGGGGACUGCAGCAUCACCAUCACUCUGCACAGUCAUCACAACAUCUCCAGCAGACAGAAACUGGACCGCAUCUCUCUGAGCCACGCGUUCCACAGAAAACUACAACCUCCAUCUUUGAUCUGAUCCUGAAAACAAGAAGAUGGGUGAUGCACAGAGCAGAAUGGAGAGGGAGAAGGCAGAACUGGAUGAUUUCAGGAAGCAAAUCAAAGACAGUCCAGAUCUGAGAGUCAACAAGACCAUUGUGAUGUUCACUGGUGUUUCGUCUUCAGACAAUCUGAGACAACACUACGAGAAGAGGAAAAUGGAGGCGGGCCAGUUUGCUGCAGGCAUGAUCAAGAGCCUGCUGGAGAUACUGGGCGACUUGACACCAGUUCCGGCACUGGCGGGCCUCGGAUCAAUGGCCAUCUCCAUCUACAUCGACUCGUUUUUCCCCAGUCCGCCUGAGGAGAGCAUGAAGGACGCUCUGCGGAGCGUGUUUGCCGAGGAGAAGGCCUCCGAGGUCUGGGAUCAGAUCGACGAGUGCCUGAAGAGAUGCAUGAUGCACAUCCACAACGACUACGAACUGGCGACUGACAUCACACGGAUCGAGGUCCAGCUGAGCGCCGCCCCCACCAAGCUGAAGAACUCCAUGGUGAGGGACGGCCACAUGUCGUCUCAGGCUCUGAAGGCCUGGGUGAACGGGGCAGCCUUCCACAUCCAGAUGCUGAUUCACCUGGUGAGACUCGGAGGGACUCAGACCUGCGACCCUGUGGAGAGUCUCCUCUCUACUUACCUGAGAGACCUGAGGAUGCUGUUUCAAGAGCACAGGGAAAUGAUCAGGGCUAAGUGCCGUGAUCUCCGAGCCCCUUCUCGUCUGAUUGAUGAAGAGUCAAAUGUGUAUCGCAUAGCUCAUGCCAGCCAUGAUAAAUACUUUGAUGUUUAUUAUAAUCAGAGAUACAUGAGGCAGAUGUGUGACAUCGAGCGUUACUUCAGUGACGUAAAAGAGAACCUGCAGACGCUGGUUGAUCAGAGAGGAUACUUAAAGGUCGACUGAAAGAGGCCGAUACAUCUGAAGAGAUGCUCAGGCAUUUUCAUCUUCAUGAUCUUUUAUCUGAUGACACAUAGCUGAAGAAUUACACUGAUGCAGUGCAUUUAAUAAGUCAUCAUUAUAAAUACUUUGUUAUGAUGAUUUUACAUUUAUUAUUAUGUCGUUUCAUGGAAUUGUGCUGUGUGUUAUGACCUUACUCAGUUUCUGAGUUUAUAAAGAGGGGCGGCGGGGGCAUUUAGCUUCUUUAGAGUGAUAACUUUUC